CACCAACUAAAAAAAUCCCUAGCUUUCCCAUCCCUUCAACUGUCAAAACGCAAAAAUGGCGAAAACAAAAACAGGCAUUUGUGCCGUUAUCUUAUCAGUAGCGUCGUUCUUUUUCAUUCUGACCGCGUUCUGUUCCGGCUAUUGGCUCGUGAACGAUGGCAAAAUCUCCAACCCGAAAUUCCUCCGCAUAGGCUUAUGGGAGGUCUGUUUUGACAAAUUUGAAGACUUCCGACACCACUACGACAACCAAUUCACCGGCUGUUGGUGGGUGUUUGAAGAAGAGUACUACAUUAUUCACGACUUCCUCCUGCCUGGCUUCUUCAUCGCCACCCAAUUUUUCUUCACUCUGUGCAUGACUUUAGUUCUGGUGGCCGUAGCCCUGACGUGGAUUUACUGCUUCUGCAGCCGCGACCACGACAAAUACAUCAUUUUACUAAUGAGCAAUGCGUUAAACCACUGGAUUGCUGGUUUGUGUGGCUUCAUUUCAGUAAUGAUAUUUGGUUUGAAUGGGGACAGGAGGGAUUGGAUGCCGUAUUGGCAACACAACGAUUUAGGCUGGUCUUACGCGUUCGCCGUCGUAGGGUCCCUACUUUUGUGGCCCGCGGGGGCCCUGUACCUAGCCGAGGGGCGGCGAGCGCGUUACCGCCAAAUGGGGCACUCGAGACCCGCCUCCGAGUACAGCGUCGACGUCCCCAAAUCGUCACACACCGACAUUUAAACUCAACGAACUUAGUUGCAAUAAUUGUUAAGUAGUGUAAGCUUCAUUUUCAAAUACACAAAGAUUUUAUUUUAGUUUUAAGUAUCUCAUAAAUGUUUUCAUUUGUAUUCCGUCCGACGAAAGCACAUCAAAUGAUUGCCUUGACUAGUAUCUAGAAUACUAAUACGAGCAAUGUAUUUUUUUAUAUAUUUAUAUUACAUUUUUUUACGAAAGUAAGUGUUAUUGUAGUAAGUGUUUGACACUCUUUACAUUGUACAAACUCGUUUAACGCCAAUAAAAUUAUUAAGAUAAACAAAA